CAACAAUCAAGCCAUUUGGGUAUUCUCGAGAUACAUCUUCCACAGAAUCUAUCUCUUACCUCGCUUUACCUACCCAAAAAACCACCAACAUGUUCACCACCCCUUCCGCCCCCGCGGCCUUCCAAAAAGGCAACACGGCCCUCAUAACAGGCGGCGCCUCCGGCAUCGGUCUCGCCCUCGCCAAACGUCUUUUGUCUUACGGCCUCCGCGUUCUCAUCGCCGACAAAGACAUCUCCUCCUCCUCUCUAUCCUCCUCCCCCGAGACCAAAGACCUCCUCACCUUCGAGAUGGACGUCAGCAACCUCGAGUCCUGGACCCGUCUAAAGUCCCAUAUCGACGACGUCUUUCACGGGCAACUAAACGUCCUCGCCCUCAACGCGGGUAGAUACCUGCCUACGUCAUUCAGUAACUCGGACCCGACGAACUUUUACGAAACCAUGCAGACGAAUUUAUUUGGCGUGAUCAAUGGGGUUACUACCCUUUUGCCAUUGGUUCAGGCGACAGUAACGACUGCAAAGGAUGCAAAGGGGGCGAUUAUCAUUACGGGAUCUAAGCAGGGAAUCACCAACCCCCCUGCGAAUCCGGCGUAUAAUGCGUCCAAGGCCGCUGUCAAGUCGCUUGCGGAGCACUUGUCGUUUGAUUUGGCGAAGGAUCAUCCGAAUGUUUCUGUGCACUUGUUGGUUCCCGGGUGGACGUUUACGGGCAUGACGGGCGCUUCGGGACAAAAGGAGAAGCCGAAGGGGGCGUGGUGGCCGGAGCAGGUGGUGGAUUACUUGGAGGAAAAGAUGAAGGAGGGUAAGUUUUAUGCGAUUUGUCCGGAUAAUGAUGUGACGGAGGACAUGGAUAAGCGGAGGAUGGUGUGGGCUAUGGGGGAUGUGGUGGAGAAUCGGCCGCCGUUGACGAGGUGGAGGCCCGAGUGGAAGGAGAAGGCCGAGGAGGGGAUCAACAAGUUGGAUAUCUAGUUUUGAGCAUCACCAUAGCAUGUAGGCUGAACGAGUGAAAGUUUUUGAGAGAAAAGUGUAUUGUUAUCAACUACAGUCCGACAG